CUCCACUUACCUGUCGUCCCCACCUCCCUGCGUAGCCACAACGCGAUACGGCGACGACCGGCGGUGAGUCGACGGCAACCGGAGACGGGCUGACGUCUCGGAUCUUCCCCUUCCGCCUUGCGGAUCCGGCCCGGCGGCGGCGAGAGCUCAAGUUUACGAUGUCUGGGAUGGCAUCUGAUGAUGUAACUGCCCAAGUGAGGGUUGAAGGAGAUGUUUCAGAUCAGAAGGUUGAAGACGUUCAGGGCCAGAAUGAAAUGGAUGGGAUGCCCUCGCGACAAGAGGAGGAGGCAGCAAUUAAGAAAAAGUAUGGAGGAAUAUUGCCCAGAAAGACUCCACUUAUAUCUAAGGACCAUGAGCGUGCUUACUUUGAUUCCGCUGAUUGGGCUCUAGGAAAGCAAGGUGGUGUUCCCAACAAGCCUAAAGGUCCUCUUGAAGCACUUCGACCAAAGCUUCAGCCUACUCAACAAAAUGCCCGUGCCCGUCGAACUUCUUAUGCAUCUGCGGACAGCGAUGAGACUCUGAACUUGUCUGCUGAGGAUCUGGGCCAGCAAGGAGAACCUGUCGAGGACAAGAACAAGGAAUGAGUACGCCGGUUGGCAGUGCGCCUUUUAUACAGAAGAUGCCAUUUGCUGUCCUCAUGCUUGCCUUGUGAUAAUAAUAAGUAACGCGGAUCUGUAUAAUAAUACUGGUGAGGUUGAGAUGUGCAGUCGAAAUGGAUGUGCGAAUGUGGUGUAUGUAGUAUACGCGGCUACAUUCAGCAUUUCAGCUGUUCGGCCUUUCGGAUGCCUGGAACAGCUAGGAAUGAGCUUGUGGUGAUGAUGGUGAGUCCUGGACGUGUAUGCAAAACACAUGCGAAUUGGAUGGUUGAUACUCUCUCUGAACUGGAGUCACUACUUAUAAUAAAGUCACCGAGGUCCUUCGUUUUAGAUGUUA